GAUUUGUGGUUGGCCUCGCGCCGUCUGGUGGUGACGAGUCUGCGAUCUGGCUCUUCGAGGUCGGUCCUUGUAGCUUUCCUGACUUGCAGCUCUUGCUGGGUCAGUUGGGCAGCAAGGGUGCACUUCGUGGAGACCUCGACGACUGCUUUUCUAUUUCCACAACUGUCCUUGGAACAGGUGGUUGUGGGAAGGUUUACCUGGGAAGAUCUAGAUGGAAUCUGCCGCCGGUUUCAGGAAAUUCUGUGACUGCCGGUGGUCCAGUAGCAUUGAAGGAGAUAGCACCACGACAAAUCCCCAUCGAGCAACUGGUCAGGAGCGAAAUAGGUUUCCUCACGGAGGUCCAUGGCCAUCCGAAUGUUGCGGCGCUCUACGGCGUGUUCUGCAGCCGCAAAAAGCAGCCCUGCCAGGCGACAGACGGUCAAGAUUCCGGGCAGGACGAGGGGAGAGAUCGAUGGCUGAUUGCCCUGGAAUUAUACUCCGGUGGAGAUCUCUUUGAACAUGUGCUGAAGCACGGGGCCAUGCGGGAAGCAGACGCAGCUGAAGUGAUGCUGGGGCUACUCUCCGCAUUGGCACACGUGCACAGCUUGGGCAUUGUCCACCGCGACGUGAAAUGCGAGAACAUCUUGAUUGCUGAUACACGUGCUGUACUGGCGGACUUCGGUAUUGCUGCGAGCCUCGCUGAUGCUGGAGCGAUGGAUAAGCGUGUCGGAUCGCCUGGCUACGCAGCGCCCGAAGUUCUGAUGGGUGAGCCAUACGACGAAAAGAUUGAUGUUUUUGCCGCCGGCGUGGUCUUGUACUACUGCCUCUCAGCUGUUCUUCCGUUUGCCGACAGCAGCGUGGAGAGAAUACUUGCCCGGACAGUGCGCUGUAAAGUUCGCAUGGACCGCGAGCGCUUUGCAGGAUUCUCUGGAGGCAUCGUGAAGCUCACGAAGACCUUGCUGAUGAAGGAUUCUACACACCGCCCGGCCGCGAAGCGUUCUUUCUUCGCUCUUUGGAUGUUGCUCUCACCGCAAGACCGCAAGUCUGAGCUUGCACGACAGUCUUUCCAGGCAGUGCCCGAUGAUGCAGACGAAAGUCUGCAUCAGAGUUGCCCCCUGCCCGGAAUUCUCGAUGUAGCAUCUCCGCUUGCGCGGAAAGAGAACGAGAGACUCUCAACUCUGGAAGAGGCUGAGAAGCUGAUCAAGACUGAGCCCGUGAACCAACACUCCCAGCGGCCAGCGAAGGUGAAGCGGUCAUUGGUGGCCGUGGGCCCUAGCGUAAAAGAGGAGCAGCGUCAAGGGCGGGAGGUGUCUCUCCAGCCCAAGCGGAAGGACACCGCUGCCAGUACCCAGGCCGCUUCAGGCAUUUCCACGACGGAGGAACCUGCUGGAGGUGUGUUCUCAACUAGAGGCGACAUGGAAGCUGCGAACCCAGAUCCAUUGGUGAUGGAGAUUCGGCGGCCGAAGGCGCCAGCAUCCCCAGGAUUUUUUCGCGGACGCCUCCGCCGGUACGUCUCAGCAAUUCAAGGUACUCCAGGACGUGUGGCAAAGUCUGUCACGGGCUGGCGCAGACCGAGUCCGCAGUCCCAACACAGAGAUCGGUCUUCCGGAGCGGAUGCCCGAGGCCUUCUGAGGGGCCUUCUGCGAGGUUUGUAUCGGGCUCGGAGUUAG